UCGAGCCGCACUUCGCUCGGAUAAGAGGCGCGCGGGGAGUCGGAGCUGCUGACGUCAGACGGGUUCGAUUAUUUUGAUCUGGGGGGUUAAAGAUGGCGGAGGCGGAGAAGCUUCAGAAUCAUUCCGGGCUAAAUCGUAAAGGUGUGGGUUUGGAAGAAGACGUGUGUCGUAAGAUGAGUGGAGACGAGGCGGAGGAGCUGCUGGAGGAAGAGGAGGUGGCCGGGCCUGUUCAGAUCGUGGUAGCAGAUGAAGAUGAGCACCAGUUUUCUCUGGACGAGCAGGCGCUGGAGCGCAUCCUGCUGCAGGAGCACAUCCGUGAUCUCAACGUGGUGGUGGUGUCAGUCGCCGGAGCCUUCCGCAAGGGCAAGUCCUUCCUGCUGGAUUUCAUGCUCCGAUAUAUGUACCACCAGAAAUCAGCCACAUGGCUUGGGGGAAAUGAUGAACCAUUGACAGGCUUCACCUGGCGGGGGGGCUGUGAGAGGGAGACCACAGGAAUCCUGGCCUGGAGCGAAGUGUUUGUGGUUGAGAAACCGGAUGGGACCAAGGUCGCUGUGCUUCUCAUAGACACGCAGGGAGCCUUCGACAGCCAGUCCACCAUCAAAGACUGCGCCACCCUCUUCGCCCUCAGCACCAUGACCAGCUCUGUUCAGGUUUACAAUUUAUCUCAGAAUGUGCAAGAGGAUGAUCUUCAACAUCUGCAGCUUUUCACAGAGUAUGGAAGACUUGCUAUGGAGGAAAUUUACCUAAAACCAUUCCAGUCACUAAUGUUUCUGAUAAGAGACUGGAGUUACCCAUAUGAACAUGCAUAUGGCCUGGAAGGAGGAAACACGUUUCUAGAGAAAAGGCUGCAAGUGAAGCAGAACCAACAUGAGGAACUUCAGAAUGUCCGGAAGCACAUCCACUCCUGUUUCUCUAACAUCAACUGCUUCCUACUUCCUCACCCUGGCCUCAAAGUGGCCACAAGCCCCCAUUUUGAUGGCAGAUUGAGAGACAUUGAUCCUGACUUUAAAAAGGAGCUAGUGAGUCUCAUCCCACUGCUUUUGGCCCCAGAGAACUUGGUGGAGAAAGAAAUCAGUGGUUCCAAAGUGACAUGUAGAGAUCUUGUACAGUAUUUCAAAGCUUACAUGAAAAUAUAUCAAGGGGAAGAGCUACCACACCCAAAGUCCAUGUUACAGGCAACAGCUGAAGCUAACAACCUUGCAGCAGUUGCAGGAGCAAAGGACACUUACAUCAAGAGCAUGGAACAGGUGUGUGGAGGAGACAAGCCCUACAUCGCCCCAGCUGAUUUGGAGCGCAGCCACGAGGAGCUGAAGCAGAGCUCCAUACGGCAGUUCUGCACCAUCAAGAAGAUGGGAGGCGAGGAGUUCUGUCGCCGCUACCAGGAGCAGCUGGAGGCCGAGCUGGACGAGGCUUAUGCCAACUUCGUCAAGCACAAUGACGGAAAGAACAUUUUCUAUGCAGCGCGCACACCGGCCACACUCUUUGCCCUCAUGUUUGCCAUGUACGUGGUAUCGCUAGUGACGGGCUUUGUGGGCGUAAACUCUGUGGCAACGCUGUGUAAUCUGAUCAUGGGCGUGGCUCUGGUGUCUCUGUGCACCUGGGCGUAUGUCAAAUACUCAGGGGAGUUCCGUGAGGUUGGCAGCGUCAUCGACCAGGUGGCAGAAACCCUCUGGGAGCAGAGGACUCCAAGAAAGGUGUUUUGCAAGCUUUUUGAGGUUGCCCGGAACAAAAUGACACUGAGCGCGCUCCUGCCCACUCAGCGAAACAGACUGCCCUCAAACAACAAUGUGAAGAAGAAAAACUAGUUGCUACAUUCUUUCAUAAACUCCUUUGUAGGACUUGCUCAGCCCUGAGGAGCGAGUGGCCUCGGCCGCAUCGGGCUGGGUUUAAGAACAAACUGCUAUAUGUACUCGGUUCCGUACCUUUGUAGAAUGCAGGAUGGCACUUUCAUCAUCGAGAUGUCUUUCAUUUCAUCAUGCUGACAUUGUGUCUAAUGGAAGACUGAAGGUUUUUUUUUUUUUUUUUUUUUUUUUUUAAAAAACAGGUGUUAAUGCAUCAUCAAAUGGUUCUUAUGUGCUGUUUGUUUUGACUGUCAUGUUUGUGUGUGUGUGUGAUAUUCCAUCAUUCCUUCAACUUACAUUUCACUUUUGACCUUUCCAUUCCUUAUUAUUCAUCUGAUCAUUCCCAUAUCCUUUUUUCCUCCCCUUUCUGUGUUCUUUCCCAUUGUAUUUUGUCUUUUGUUUCUCUCUGCUCAGGUGUUGCAGACUUUCAAUGAUUCAGUUUAUUUUAAGCUGAACUCCAUCCAAGCUUGCUUAAGUUGCCAAGUUACAGACAAACUGAUGCUGCACCAAUCAUAGAGCCAAAGUUUACACCAUUCUUAGUGCACACUCUGUAGUGUGUAUGAUCAUCUUUGAGCACUUGAGACAUUGGCAUUAGUGGCUUUGCCGCUAGUGGAAGACAUUGGCAUUCGCCUUAUAGUUCAGGAAAGGGUGCCCUCAUCAACCUUGCUAAUGAGGUGGAUAGUUAAACGUGCCAUCCUACUCUCCCCUGUGGUGAAAUGGCACAUUUUAUACUAUGAUUUACUUUUUCCACUGAAUAACACAAGGCACUUAAUGGUUACACUCAUAUUCAUAAUGUGAUAAAGGAAGCUAAAGGAAUCAGGCACUAUAGAUUUUAAUCGCACAUUUCUUUGUUAUUGUCAAUCUUGUUGUUUAAAUAAAUACAACACUGCAUUUUA